AUGGAUUACGCAACGAACUCGAGACCCCUGCUGCAGGAUACCGACGAUCGUGAGACGGAAAGUGACAACUUUUUGGAUGAUACGUUCGCGGGUUCGAUAAAUGCUUCGAGCAGCAACAUUCCAGACGUAACCAAGGAGCGUUCGGCAGAGGCACGUGUCAUCGGUGCCGGCAACCGGAUCGCACCAUCGGACAAAUUCCACUUCACCUACGUAGUAUUCUACCUGAUGGGCAUGACGACGAUGGUACCGUGGAACUUCUUCGUCACGGCCGAAGAGUACUGGCAGUACAAGUUCCGCAACGUGUCCUCAAACGAUACGUCCGUGCUGACACCGCGCCAGCUAGAGUUCCAGUCCGAUCUAAGCAUUGCCGCUGCACUCCCAGGAACCGUGUUUCUCAUCCUGAACGCCUGCAUUGGCCACAAGAUCCCACUGCACGUGCGCAUGAACGGAUCGCUCGUCAUGAUGCUGCUCAUCAUGAUUGGCACGACGGCCCUCGUGCGGGUGGACACCGACCAGUGGCAAGAUGCGUUCUUCAACCUCACGAUGUUCUCCGUCGUCGUCAUCAACAGUUUUUCGGCCAUCCUAACCGGUGGAUUGUUCGGCAUCGCGGGACAAUUCAGCGCACAUUACAUGACGGCCGCCGUCAGCGGACAGGCGCUAGGUGGCAUUUUCUCCGCCGUGGCCGACCUUAUAGCGCUCACGUUCGCAAGCAAUCCGUCCACGACGGCGUUCGUGUUCUUCAUCGUGGGCUGCCUGGUGCUUCUGUUGUCGCUGUUCGCGUACAUUAUCAUGUCGAAGACGCUCUUCUUCAAGUACUACACCAGCUCGAAGACGCUCAUGAAGAGCUCGCUGGAAGCGGAUCCGACUGCACGGGGGCUUAGUACUCGCCUGGAGCCACGUUUCCCGGUCGUAAUGCGGAAGAUUUGGCUGUACGGGUUCUCCGAAUGGCUCGUGUUCGUUACCACACUGUCGAUCUACCCAGCCGUGACGGUGCUGGUCGGUUCGGAAAAUCAUGGGCGACCGUGGAACGACAUCUACUUCCUGCCCGUCGUGAACUAUCUGCUCUUCAACACGGGUGACUAUUUGGGGCGCGUUUUCGCCGGAAUCUUCGAGUGGCCAUGGAACAAUUCCAUCCUCAUCGGUAUGCUCACGAUCGGGCGGGUUGCGUUCGUGCCGGCGAUGUUGCUCUGCAACAUCACACCGCGGCACAACUUCCCAGUGAUGAUCCACUCCGACUACAUGUUCAUCGUGCUGAUGGCCGCUUUCGCCCUGUCGAACGGAUAUCUUGCCAAUAUCGCGCUCAUUGGCGCACCACGUGUCGUCGAUCCGCACGAAAAAGAGAUGGCCUCGUCGAUGUUGGCCGCAUUCCUUGGUGUGGGACUGGCGUGCGGAUCGGCCAUUAGCUUAAUGAUCAUCGAAAUGAUCAAGUGAUACAGCUUUCCAUGGCGGGAUGCCGCCGCGAUCGGGAGCGAAUGAGACCAAAACCUUACCGCGAUCCAACAAAGGAAUCGGACACCUUUUAGUCCGCACCCAAAGCCUAGCACUUGCUCCAAAGGCUCAUCGUUUUGAUCGUACUGUUAACUGUUAUACUGCAUACACUCCGGCAUGGGAUUGACCCACCUGUUGAUGCACGUGAUUUUGUAACUAGAAGAUUGAAUGCGCGGCAAUGCGCUUAUUUUGUUUCGAGGGAUCCUUUAUACAGUGACAAUUUACCGUAUUUAACUAGUGCAUUUACGGUUAACUAGUGCAGGUAAUCGCGCGGCUCGCGAUCGAAACAAGCUAGUUAACUGUGUACAGUUGCGUAAGAUACCUAUUUAUAUCAAGCAUCCUGCCGGGUGAUAAUAGCCGCAAAUGGGAUAAACACGGGAACACUACGCUAGUUAAUCUACGAAGGCCACGGGGGCCUGUAUCGUCGCUCUCUCUCCCGAUCUCUCUUGAGUACGAGAGAGAGAGAGGAACUUAUCACUCCCGAGUAAGUACCGGGAAAUAUGCAUAAUCAAAGUAGAGAAAUACGAAUAACGCGUGAUGCAAUAUAUGGU